AUAAAUGACGAUGAAAUACUCAAACUUCAAUUUAUUACAAGUUGAAGAUACAGAGGAUUCUGAGGAUGUACAGUCUAAACAUAUUAAACCUCAGAAUAAGUCACAAAAGAAGAAGAAAUCUGAGAAUAAGCCAGCUAAGCAGGAAGUGAAGGCAGUUGAUAGUAAUAUUACUAAAGAACAUCAUUCUGAUUCCCAGCCCGUACAACAACCACAACAACCACAGCAACCACAGCAACCACAACAGAAAACACCUCCUCCAUCGAAUGACCAUACAGGCGGCUCAAAAGCCAAAAAGCAAGCAAUCGUUACACGUACAAUAUGGACAUUUAUCAUGGUAUUCGGCUUCUUUGGCUGUUUGAUGGCCGGCCAUGCUUGGUUGAUCAUGCUCGUUAUGCUUUGUCAAUCGCUCUCAUAUCGCGAAGUUACUGCACUUUUCGGUUUUAAGACUGAAUAUGGCUUGAAAGCUGAAAAUAGUGAGAGAGAUAGAUGGUCUACUAUCCUUAAUUGGUACUUCUUUAUAGUCACCAACUAUUUCCUCUACGGAGAAUCAAUAAUUUAUUACUUGAAGCACAUCAUCUUCGCAGAUGUUUACUUUAUCCAGUUAGCUAAACACCACAGAUUCAUAUCUUUCAUGCUCUAUGUUAUUGGUUUCAUGGGCUUUGUCGCAAAUCUCAAGCGCACUUUCCUUAAACGCCAAUUCGUACUCUUCUGUUGGGUACACAUGUCACUCCUUCUCAUCGUACUUUCAUCACACUUUAUCGUCAACAAUAUCCUCGAAGGUAUCAUAUGGUUCUGGGUGCCAGCAUCUUUAGUUAUCUGUAAUGAUAUCUUUGCCUAUGUCUUCGGUAUGGCGUUCGGUAGAACACCACUGAUCGCUCUCUCACCAAAGAAAACUGUCGAAGGCUUCGUUGGUGGUGGUAUUGCUACCGUAUUAUUUGCUUGGGGUUGGGGUACGCUCUUCCAACAGUGGAAAUAUAUGAUCUGUCCAGUUCACGACCUCGGUACUUCGAUCUUUUCAAACGUCGACUGCGUUCCAAACCCAGUAUUCAUUUGGCGUGACUUUGAGAUUCCAAGUGUUAUAUCAGGAUUGUUGAGUUCAUUAGCUCAACAGGAAAUAACCAAGAUCCCAUACACUCCUUUCCAAAUCCAUUGCUUGUUCAUGGCAACAUUCGCAUCAGUGGUAGCUCCAUUCGGUGGCUUCUUCGCUUCUGGAUUCAAGAGAGCCUUCGACAUUAAGGACUUCGGUGAUUCAAUCCCUGGACAUGGUGGAUUGACAGAUAGAAUGGACUGCCAAUUCUUAAUGGGAUUGUUUGCCUAUGUUUAUUAUAGCUCACUUAUUAGAGAAGCUCACGUUUCUUCUGGACAAGUACUUCAAACAAUUGUCUCGUCUUUACGACCUGAUGAACAAAUUGAGUUAUUUAGAGAUUUUAAGAAAUAUUUAGAAUCACAAAAUUAUUUGUCAUAAAUUUGCG